AUGGCGGCUGAAAACCCUUCGCCGCCUUUUUUUCCGUGGGAAUUCGCAGAAAACCAACAAAAACACAAAAAAGAUCUUGAACAGCUCGGCUGGGCUGAAGCAGCCGAGGGCGAGUGGCUCGCGCAUGCAGCCAGCGGCUGGCUUUGCAAUCCAAAAGAAAAAGUAUUUUUCAACGCGGAAAAGAACCUUUUGGUUCCUGCAGAUCCUCGAGAAACCGAGCUGGGAGCAGCAGCAGCAGCUGCUGCUGCUGCUGCUGCUGCUGCUGCGGACUGGCAGCCAGCUGGCGAGGAAGCUUUUGAUGACGAAAAGGAAGAAAGCCAGGAAGUUGAAAAAGAAGAAACGGAAACAGAAAACGAAACGGAAAACUCAGACGCAGAAUCCGAUUUUUUGGUGGACUUGGAAGAUGAACUAGACGCAGCAACAUUUCAGAAACAAGGGUCUGCAGAGGGAAAGGGCCCCUGCGAAGACAGAUUCAUCACCAAAGUCGGAUUGCCCCUUGGGGUUGUUGCGGGCAGCUCCGAGGGUUUGUGUUACUUCACUGCAGUCUACGACGGCCACGCGGGCACAGACUGCGCAGAAUACGCCGCCGCCCAUCUCCACAAAAACCUCCUCAGCUGCUACAGGCAGUUCUACCGAACUGUCCAGCGGAAGCGGGAAGAGCGGAGUGGGGGUUCUUCGUCUCGUCGGCAGCAGCAGCAGCAGCAGCAGCAGCUGCUGCAGCAGCUGAACGGAGGCAGUUUGCUGCAGCUGCGGGCUGAAGAGCAGCAGCUUUCUGUGGAAGUGGAGGCUCUUUGCAGAAGUUUCUUUUCUUCUUUUUCUUUAACUGAAAAUAACUUUUUGGCUUUGGCAAAGGCCCGCGUGGCCCAAGACGCUGGCUCAACUGCUGCUGCGGCCAUUUUCUUCGGGCCGGACUCUGACGGGGCUUUGAAACUUAUCACAGCGCAUGCAGGAGAUUCCCGAGUUGUUCUUUGCAGGAACGGGGAGGCCUUGAGACUGACAGAAGACCACAAGCCCAACAACCCGAGCGAAAGAAAAAGAAUUGAAGCAGCAGGAGGGCAGGUGGUGUGUGUGCAGGGCGUGUGGCGCGCGUUUGCAGCAAACCGGCGGUGUGGGGCGUUGGGUGUAUCGACAGCUCGAGGGUUUGGAGACAGCUCUUUGAAGAAACCCCACAAAGUGCUUUCCAGUGUACCGACAGUUCGCGUCCUCGCCCUCGACUUCAACGCAGACGCCUUCCUCGUGUUGGGGUCUGACGGCAUCUUCGAUGUUUUGUCUGAUGAUGAAGUCGUCAAAUUAAUUCUUAAGAAACUCCCGCCGACUCCCCAAGAGGCUGCUCAGUUAGUUGUAGAGGAAGCUGCUGCUAGAGGCAGCGCAGACGAUAAGACCUGCACAGUGGUUUAUUUCAAAUGGCGCAAAGACCUUUUUGCUGCUGCUGCUGCUGAUGAUGAGAAAGAAAGAGAGACAGAAAAGGAGACAAAAGAGACAAAAGAAGCUGCUGCAGGAAGUCAAAUAGACUCCCCCACAGACGCAGCAGCAGCCUGCAGCACAGACGGCCCAAAGCAGCGGCAGCAGCAGCAGCAGGAAGGGACCACUGCAGCAGCUAGUGAACACACAAGCAGCAGCAGCAACAGCAGCAGCAGCAGCAGCAGCAGGGAAGCUCCGGGUUGUGAUGCAGAGCCAGGCCCUGGCGCUGACGCGGAUAGAGCCUCAGCAGCAGCAACAGCAGAAGCAGCAGCAGCAGCAGCACCUCCAGAGUCGCCACCAGCAGCAGCAGCGGCAGCUGCUGCUGCUGCUGCUGGAGAGUCCGGUGCCAGAGGCGGAGGCAUUCGGAUGAGCGGCCUCGAGGAAAUAGCAGCAGCAAAAAGCACUUUUGAUGUUGAUGCUCUUAUUCGAAAAAGGAAAAGAGAGGAGCAGGAAGCAGCAGCAGCAGCUGCUGCUGCUGCUGCUGCUGCUGCAGAGGAAGAGGAUGAUUUUGAUAUGUUUGGGGGUGUCCCUGAGGCUCAAGAGGCCUCGCCAGCAGCGCAGCAAAAUGAGGAGGCAUAA